UGCUCAAGGACGUUUUGGGUUUUGUUAGGCGAAACAGCGAUCCAGAACAGCACCAAGAAGGAGAACAUCGAUCAGAUACAGGCGGCCCACAAGAAGUACAAAGAAAUGUGCGAGGCUCUGGCCGAACGGUUGCUGGACUUGCAUUGCAGACUCUUGUCUUUGUACAUUCUCCAAGACGCCGAAUGUCUGGAUUGGGAGAACGAAAAGCCCUUUUCGGAAUCCGAAAGGGGGUCUUACAUCAUCCAGAUGUGGUGGCUGUACAUGCAAGGAACCAAAGAAGAUUUGUGGAACACUGUACCGCCUAGCAUGGCCCAGAGGGUCUUUUCGGGUAUGCUGAAUGAAUCUUUGACAAUUCUGACAAUUCGCUACACGCAGAGUCUACCGUCAGAGGCGAGAUGUCGACUUAUGGUAGUGGACAUCAGCAACUUGUUGCUUUGUAUCGCCCAAUUGCUGCCUGCCAUCUGUGAAUCGGCCAAGGAACUCAUUGGAUUUUCCUACAAUACCAGCAGCAAGAUUCUGAGAGACAUACACACCAAAUGUCAGGAACUACUCAGCUGUCUUUUGCUAAGGGGCGCCCAACUCGAAGAUCUGUACAAAAUUUUCAAGAAAGGACUAGAUAACGUGGAAAUGUUCAAAUCCAGAGGUACUGGAGUGGCUCCCUGGAUACUAUUUGCUCUGCCAGAUGUUUUCCAGACAUGUGAUUCGCGAGCAGUUUCCAAAAUGGAUGAUUUGACGCCACAAGCGUCCAUAGCCUUGGAACUAAUGGUUCUCCUGGCUCAACCACAACCUAACUGGGCUCUUCUAUUGAAGGUCCUCUGCAUGAAGAAAUGUCUUGUCCUGCAAGCAAUCCUCCGCUCCACUUCGGCCAACCUGUCUCGGCCCAUGCACCGCCUCCCUCCGCAGGAAUCCGACUGCGGCGCCUUCCUGUGCCGCGCCGAUGGCUCUUGCAGGGCCGUCGCGACGUCCUCGGCGUCUCUCAACGACGCCAACUUCUACGACUUGGUGGCGUCGGCUUCGGAGGUGGUUUUGUCGGUGGGGAACGAAGAGGAUUUGGCGAGGGUGCUGAUGCCUGUGGUGGCCGGUGAAGCGGAUUGGGCUGGUAUUUUCGACAGGAGGAAUGUUUGGAACCAGAUCCGCCCGCCGUGGUACGAAGCUGUCCUGAACCUCGCCGCCCCCCUGAUACCGACAACCGCCGACGCGGUCGUCAACGCAGUCCUAACUGGUGCCACCAUGUACCAGGCCAUGUCGCUGGUGCUGGCCUGCUUCGGCCACUUCUGGGCCGGCGUCCAUCCCAAUCUGGCUACCGUCGCGACGCUCGUCCAAGAGCGGUUGCGGACAGACGUCGUGCCGCUGAACGGUUCGUGUUUGCUGCAGGUUAUGGUCGGGGCGUUGUACGGGUAUUUGUUGAGGAGGUCCGAGGAGGUUAGGAAGGAGGUGAAGUUUCAGGAUGAAGGGCAGUCUGUGGCGAGAGACAGAAGGCAAUUGAGUCGUCCCGAAGACGUGUCUCUGGCAGUGGCCGAAUGUCUGUGCAGCAUCGACGAAGACAACAAACACACCGAUCAGAUCGACGAGUUUCUCGAAAUUGUUUCGAAAUCACAGAGGAGAGAAAAAGGCAGGGAUGGCCAAGAUGGCGGGUCCUCGAGGGUGGAGUCCGAUCAGAAGAUGUGCGAGGUGCUCGCCAGCGACAUUCUCAUGUCGAACACAGGGAAAAGGAGCUUGAAGAUCCUUCACCACUUCAUCAAAUGCAACGACCAAUGGUUGUAUCACCAAUUGGGUCUUGGCAAACAGACGGAAGAGGUAGUUCCAACUAGAGCCAUGGUGCUACGUCAACCUUUGCUUCACACCAUGUUUCAUAUCGGCUACAGACCUUUCGAUCAGGUCCUUUCUGGAGAAUGGGUCCCGAACUGGUUGAACCUCCUACAAAUCCCGAUGGGACUGCACCCUGACAGAGUGUGGAAACAGAUUUCAUCGAGAUGGGAUUUCAGAAACCCCACCAGUUCUGCUCAGAACGUACACAUCAUCAACUCUAUAUCCAACAUUCUCAAACAAUAAUUUAUCAGCAAACAUCAAACUUCUGGCCGCGUUCUAGGCCAGUGAAUGAUAGUUCGGCAGAUUGCUGGCCAUGGCCAAGCUGCACUGGUCAAACGUCGACCCAUUGUAUGGCAUAUUGGAUUUGUUUGCCUGUAAUUCAGCCGGCACUGGUCCAAUAGUGUCAAUUCGUAUUAUGUUUUUACUUACGCCAUACAAUCGUCUACCCAUUAUAUGGCGUAUUCAAAUUGUUCAACUUCAAUCUGACCGGCACCGUGCUAAUUGAAUAGUACGAUUAUAUUUUAGUUUCAAUUAAAAAAAAUCAGACCUUCGAAAGGUUGCUUGUUUCAGCAGAGAAUAUGUUUCUAUGAAACGAGUUCUACAUUAUAAUUUUCAUAGCCUUAUUGGGAUGCUUAUCCUGGUUCAUUUUUCGUAUAUUUAGUAGUAGAGUAGAACAUACGGUAUAUUAUUAAUUUCGAACCAUAUGAGGGUAAUAUCAACAUGAAGGUAACCAGAUCAUUCGUUGACAUGGAACUAUGAAAACUGACCAAGGAA